UCAAUACAAAGUUACAUUCAUAGAAUUGGUAGAACCGGUAGAGCUGUGAAUGUAAUGAAAGAUUCAGGAUGUGAAGUUCCUAAUUGGAUGCUUGAAUUGAAAAAUCCCUCAAAAGAAUCUAAGCAGCAAUUACGUAAAAAACCAAUUAAACGUAAGACUAUUGAUACGAGAUCUGAUUACGACAAGAAAAAAAUAAAACCUUCAAUUAAGAGAAAAAAUAAAAAGAACAAAACAUCAACUAACAAUCAAGAGAGUCACUAG